CGUCCGAAAUCAUUGCGAAUUUGGUGUUGGGUGCGAUGGCCGGUUUAGUAGAGAUAACCUGUUGGUGUUUAGUGUUGAACCUGGGACUUCUUACAGCUUUGCCUACUGAGCCACAGCUUGGACAUGGCAAUUCAGAAGAUGUCUUUACAAAAUCACAAACUGCAUCCCUGAUCACCGGCGCAGGGUACCCCCAGGAGUCUCACCGCGUGGCGACCAGUGACGGCUACCUGCUGACGCUGCACCGGAUCCCACACGGCAAGGGAGCCCCGUCAGGAGUGCGGAGGACCCCUGUCUUCAUCAUGCACGGCCUCACGGGCACGUCGAGCGCGUUUGUGCAGCAGGCGCCUGAGUUCGCUUUAGGCUUCAAUUUAGCCGACGCGGGCUACGACGUGUGGCUCGGCAACGCGCGCGGCAACCGGCAGUCCCGCGCGCACGCCACGCUGGACCCCGACACCGACGCCAUCGCCUUCUUCGACUUCAGCUGGGAGGAGAUAGGCCUCCGCGACCUCCCCGCCAUGAUCGACUACGUCCUAACCACCACCGCCUUCGACAAACUCCACUACAUCGGCCAUUCGCAGGGAGGGACGGCGUUCUUAGUCCUGAAUUCUAUGCUCCCGGAAUAUAAUGACAAGUUCUAUUCGGCUCAUCUGUUGGCCGGGGUCGGGUAUAUGGCUCAUUUCCCGGAUAUUCGACUCGCCACUAUAUCGCAGUCUAGUAAUGAGAUUUAUGCUUUAGCAUUAAGCUACGGUGUAGUGGAAGUGGUGCGGGCCUCGUUUACUGUGAACUCGCUAACGGACUUGCUGUUUCCUCGCUCAAGAACCAAUGUCGAUUGCAACUCUACUGACGCUGCUGUGCAACCAUUCUGUAACACUGUCACGAUGAUGCGGAAUAAUGAACAACCUGAUGUAAGCAACAUAAUAUCACAACUAGCGGGCGCCAACGGCGGCGCUUCUAUAAAGCAAUUCGCGCAUUACGGUCAAAACAUCGCGUCCAAACUGUUCAGACGUUGGGACCUGGGACCAGGCAACGUCCAAGCAUACGGCACCGAGGCACCCCCUUUAUACAACCUCAGUCUUAUAACAGUGAAUACGACGAUGCACUACACAGUGUCUGACUACCUGGUGGAUGAGCGGGAUGUGCUAGCCAUGGUGGACGCUAUGCCCAAUGCCGUAGCGCGCAAAGUCGCUCGGGAGACCUUCACGCAUUCAGACUUCAUAAUCACGGACGAUGCUAAGGAGCUCGUCAACGAUUAUAUUAUUGAAGCUUUCGGUUAUAUGGAGGAAGAGAUAAAUGGUGAGAUAGAUCCCAUAACGCCACCAAAUGUUCCUGAUUCAUCAACCACGUUGUCUUUGGGUGUUCUAUUGCAGGUAUAUUUAAUUGCGUAUAUCUUAAAUUUAUUGUAGGUAAUAGUAGGUACUUUUAAGAAGUUGUAAGUGUACUUACAUAAAAUAUAAAGAAUAAGAUGAGA